CGGUCCACGGACUGGACCACCGGCCAAACCAGCUCCCCGGUACCGGCUCCGGGUCGCCCAGGUCCACCGUGGUGCUGGAACCGGACUGGGAAGCCUUGGACUGGGACAGAUACUCCUGCAGCUGCCGGUUCAGAUGGCGGUGUCCCAGAUCACGCCCACCCUGUUCCUGGGCGGGGCCGACGCCCCCCUGAACGCAGCUCUGAUGUCACAGAAAGGCAUCACGCUGAUCGUCAACGCCACGCUGAGCCAUGCCUGUCCCGCCUACCCGGGGGUGGAAUGUGUCCGGGUCCCGGUGUCUGACCUGCCCAGCGCCCGCCUCGGCGACCACUUCGACCGCGUUGCCGAGCGCAUCCACGGGAACCGAGCCGGCAGCACGCUGGUGCACUGCGCCGCCGGCAUGAGCCGCUCCCCGGCGCUGAUCAUGGCCUACCUGAUGCGCUUCAGGGGCGUGACGCUGCGGCAGGCGCACCACUGGGUGCAGGACCGCCGGCCCGCCGUCCGCCUCAACGCCGGCUUCUGGGAGCAGCUGCUGCUGUACGAGAGGAGGCUGUAUGGGAAGAACACCGUCAGGGUGGAGGAGGAGCCGCCCCACAAGCAGCCACCCAGGACGCCACGGAGCUCCAUGGUCCAGAGCAGCCGGCUGACAGCGGUACCACGGUCCCCUCUAAUGUCACAGUCCCCUCUGAUGUCACGCUCUCAGCUGCUGACAUCAGAAAACAGAAGACAAUCCAAAUCCAGCCACAUCACAGUCUGAGGAACUGCUGCUGGUUCUGAGCAGAGACUCAGUUCUGGUUGUUUGUCUCAGUUUGUGGGUCCAAGUUUGAUAAAUGCCGACUAAAAUCUGA